AUGACGUUCUCCUGUCUGCCGUUUACCACUUUUGGAGUUAUUUUCUUAACACUGCAAAUUUUACACCAAGGCAACAGUAUGUGUACACUCAAUGGUAACCCGUUUCGGAGAACAGAGCUGUUCGAUCUACGAUUCAGUGCCUAUACUCUUUCAGCAAGUUCUCAAACCUUGAAUGAUUGUGUAUCACUUUGCGAUUCAAAUCUUUGCAUAUCGUUUGGAUAUAAUUAUCUCACUGCGGUAUGCUACCUUUACGAUAGAAGAGUUUUAUUCGGAGAAGAUUCUGCUGUAUUUGAAGACGGAAUGGUAAAUUACUGGACUGUCGCAGAGUCAUGCCCGGGGGAUUAUACAUUUACAAGCACAACAAAUUUAUGUUAUAAAUUGGUUUAUACCAAGCUGAAUCAUUCGAUGGCCAAUAACGUCUGUGCUGCUGAUGGUGGACAUUUACUUAUACUUGAUUCACCAACUAAAAGGACUUACUUUUUCUCGGAGCAUGGUUAUGAUCCACCUAGAACAUAA